CCCGUCAUCACCAUAGGCAUAUGGUCAUCACUACAUCCACCAUGGAGGAGGAGAGGAAACAGUAGGUGGCGAAAUGGUGCGGGGAACGCCAAAUACUCCAAAGAUAAAGAAGAAGACGGUAGAGAAAGUUACAGCAGCGGAGCAGUCUGUUGAUCUGGUUUCAGCGAAAACAUUUGCGGUUGUCAGGAUUAAUAAUGAAACGCAGCUACCCCAGUGAGGCAGACAAAAGAAGAGACAAAAAAGAAUGUGGUCAAACUCCCCAAAUUUUCUUCUUGCUUUUCACACAAACACCACGGCUAUCGGUCAACACCGUCAGCGCUGCAGCAGCUCCAAUCCCGAAGAUAAGUCUCACCCCUGUGACUGUCCCGAGUCCGUGUCCGGCCCCGGAAAAUGAAAAUAAUGUGCUGAUGCAUCGGACAAUCCUGAGGCGAGGACAAGAUCCCCUUCUCUCCAUUAAGAGAUGCUCGGUGUGCUGCAACAUGUACCACUGUGACUACUGUACAAUGCUGCAUAAAUAUUUACAUGAGGCACAAAAUCAUGUUACAAAUCACAUUCGAAAUGCUGUUCAACAAGAAGGUUUUGUCAUCGUCAAGUGUGGUCUAGGCUGCAGGCAAACACCACACUUCCACUGCUGCUACUGCACAUCAACAUUAAUCAGAAGAGAUGCUCUGAUUAAACAUGUAGCUACUUGUAAACAUACAUCAUUCAGACGGCAUCCACCCAUAGUGCCGCCAGCAGCACCACCUCCUCCAUCCACAGCUAAAGUACUUCCAUCAGAAAUACCUCCAACCCCAUCAGAAGAAACUCCACCCACAGCAGACCAACCUCCAUCAGAAGAAUCUUCAUCCACAGUAGAAAUUCCAUUAGAAAUACCCCAAUUCCCAGAAAAAGGACCUCCAUCCACAGCAGAUGAACCUCCAUCAGAAGGACCUUCAUCCACAGCGGAUGAACCUCCAUCAGAAAUACCCCAAUUCCCAGAAAAAGGACCUCCAUCCACAGCAGAAGGACCUCUGUCUAUAGCAGACAAACCUCAAUCCACAGCAGAUGAACCUCCAUCAGAAGGACCUCCAUCUACAGCAGAAGAAACUCCAUCCACAGCAGACGAACCUCCAUCAGAAGGACCUCCAUCCACAGCAGAACUUCCAUCAGAGAUACCCCAAUUCCCAGCAAAAGGACCUCCAUCCACAGCAGAAGGACCUCUGUCUAUAGCAGACAAACCUCAAUCCACAGCAGAACCUCCAUCAGAAGGACCUCCAUUCCCAGCAGUAGCACCAUCGUCUGCAGUAAGAUUAAGUGUCCAGCAGCAAAUGCAUCGGACAAUCCUGAGGCGAGGACAAGAUCCCCUUCUCUCCAUUAAGAGAUGCUCGGUGUGCUGCAACAUGUACCACUGUGACUACUGUACAAUGCUGCAUAAAUAUUUACACGAGGCACAAAAUCAUGUUACAAAUCACAUUCAAAAUGCUGUUCAACAGGAAGGUUUUGUCAUCGUCAAGUGUGGUCUAGGCUGCAGGCAAACACCACACUUCCACUGCUGCUACUGCACAUCAACAUUAAUCAGAAGAGAUGCUCUGAUUAAACAUGUUGCAACUUGUAAACAUACAUCAUUCAGACGGCAUCCGCCCAUAGUGCCGCCAGCAGCACCACCUCCUCCAUCCACAGCUAAAAUACCUCCAACCCCUUCAGAAGGACUUCCAUCAGAAAUACCCCAAUUCCCAGCAAAAGGACCUCCAUCCACAGCAGACCAACCUCCAUCAGAAAUACCUCCAACCCCAUCAGAAGGACCUCUAUCCAUAGCAGAUGAACCUCCAUCAGAAGGACCUCUUUUCCCAGCAGUAGCACCAGCAAAAGCACGUGUCCGGCAGCGGCAGCAAGUCAGGGUGUCUUGCGAAUACUGUGGCAUUCAAAUAAAUAAAAAGAACUUACUGGUUCACAUUAACAGAAAACACAGCCACACUUUGCUGGGAAGAUUCGACUUCCAAUAAUAUUGAGGGUUAUGUUGACUAUGCAAAUGUUUUGCAGUUUUAUGUUUUGUAGAAAACAAAAACAUUAAAAUCUCAUGAAAAACAAAUGUUGUGUUCCUC